GGGCCCACUACAUCUCAUUAACGACAAUUCCUUCAAGAGACUAGGGGUCAAUAAGGAUCAGAAUGAUUGUAAAUAAUAACUAAUACUAGGUAUUUAGGUUUUAGGUCAGUUGCACAAGUCAAUAAAAAAGUUACGGCCCAACUCUUGUUCGGCUUAUCGAUAAGUUAUCUGAAGCUUUCCUUCUGCAUGCCAAAGCUGCAGAAAAAAACAAAGCCGACCGGAAUCAGUGCAGCGAAGCGAAAAGUAACUGUUGGAAAGUAAUUUACAUUGCUUGCCGAGCUCGCUUGCACCUACCAAGAUACUUCGCUCAGUAAGGCCGCAGUCGCGUAGCGGUCAAGGCUCCGCGGCAGACGACCGCGCCUUAUUAAAAUAAAAAAAAAAAAGUAAUAAAAAACGCGCACUCCCGCCACGUCAAAAACAGGCCACAGACAAUGAAUAGUAAUUAAAAAAAAAAAAUAAAGCCAUCGUAAAGUACACUUUUUGUAAUUCGUUAUCUAAGGCUGUUAAUCAUAGACUUUUAGUACGAAUAACUGUUAAAUCCUCAGUGCCAGUGGAUAAUGAGUUCGCUGUGAUUGUGAGUCGUCUUGGUGCCCGUUAAACAGGAACACAACUGUCCAAUUGAAAAAUGAACCGUAAAAACCUGUAGCCAAUCAAAAAUGGGUCCACCUAUCAGCACGUGGCCCUACAGCCAUCCUAGUGCUCACCAAUAUGUACCGGGUAAUAGUGAGAAAGUGUCAAGUGUUAACAAUACGAACAGAAUGUGUCAUAUAGUGAGAUUCGUAAACACGUUUCGUGUUAUAUGUUUGAAUUUUACAUUUGCAUUAUUUGUGAUACAAGUGUUGUUUCAUUUGAACACAGUGACGGCUGGUCCGGUCAUAUUCAAUAUGGACUAUAUGCAAGGUCCUGUGCCAAUAGCUAGAAAUAUAAGACACUUGCCGUGCAUAUCAAGAAGAACGGGCCAGGAGGGCCUGUGCAUGUUCGCCAUAGAUUGCCUUAAAGCUAACGGUUCCCAUCUGGGAACAUGUAUAGACAGGUUCUACUUCGGAUCCUGUUGUCAAAUACCUGAUAAGACUCUUCUUCCACAAAUAAUAGGCAAUAAUAUAGAAGAUAACACGAUAGACAGUGGAAACUUCGUCCAUCCACAAACAGAGGAUAAAGUGCAGUCAACAGUUAGUAAAAUACCUAAUAUAUUCCCAACUAGAAAACCAACGACAGAGAAAAUUUUAACAACACUCAAAGCAGAGACAAUGCAAGAUAGAACAGAACCUGAUUUAGAAUUAAAAACUGAUGAGGAAACAACGUUAAAUGAUGGAAAGGUGACUACAGUGGUCACUGUAGAAACUACAACUAGAAAGCAAACCACUAAAACUACUACACCAGAAAUAGUAACAGAUUUACCAGUUAAACUAUCGACAUUCCAAACUGUUUCUGGCGAUUUAACAAAUUCUAUCACAGAAGAACCAUCUAAAGUUGAUUCUUCUGAGGCUCCUAAAACAACUACAAUAUCUACAACUACGUCUGUGACAAAUAAACCCACCAGGAGACCUAUAAAACCCACAUACAAACCAUUCAGGCCAUCAAACUUUUCUAGACCUACAAUACAAACUACUACUAAACCUAGACCAACAAAACCAAUUCUAGUCUUUAAUACUACUAGAAAACCUCCAUACAGACCACCACCUAAACGGCCAUCUACUAAGAAGCCCCUACCUUCACCACCUAGAUUAAAUAUAACUAUACUACCUCAAUCAACUAGCACUAGACCUGUAUUUACUAGACCAUCUUUUACUACAAUCACUUAUAUAAAUACAACAGUAUCAUCUACUGAGGAACCGACAUCAACAACAACAACGAAAACAUCAACUACAAGCACCACAACAACAGAACCUACAACAACCAGAACAACUACACCAACAACAACAAUAACAACAACAUCGACAACAGAAACCACACCCUUAGCGACUGAAAGGUUAACAGAACCAACUGAAUCUGUAACAGAAAUAGUAACGUCAUCAAUUGAACCGUCAUCAUCAACAACAGUUACAACUACAACAACAACUACUGCAGUUGCUCCAAGUUCGACAACAACAACGACGACAACAGAAGCUCCCUCAUCGACAUCGUCAUCAUCAACAACCACAACAGAAUCAGUAAAAAUAACUACGUUGGUUGAAGAAUUAGUUAGUGAAAAAGAAACUUUAAAACCAGUGAGAACAACUGAAAUCCCCUCAUCAACCGUUUCGUCAUCAGUAUCAUCUUCAUCAACGGAUUACCCACCUUUGGUGACAUGGUCUACUAUAGAUGGUGUCACAAAAGCUCCAGAAAAUGCGACUACAGCUUUAGAUGAAAAUUGGUCACCCAUCACCCCACCUGAAGGUUGGAUUCUUAUAUCCACCAUUCCACCUAAACAAGACACCUCUUCAACUACUUCCACCACAACUACAACAACUACGACGACAACAACAGAAGCGCCAACGACGAUUUCUGAAGCAACAACAAUAUCAGAACUAGAAACGACCGUGCCUAUAACCGAGACGACUGCGAAGCCGUCAACCGAAGUAAUAUCAUCAGAUGCUACAACAACAACCACGACAACAACAACAACAAUACAAGCAACAGAAAACACAACAGUUAAAGUAACAGAAGCGCCGCUACUAGAAUUUACAGUGAACGUCACAUUAUCACCAACAAUGCCGACAACAACAACAGCGGGACCGACAACAGAGAAUGUUACAGAAGUCGAAACAACAACGACAAAUGUAACUGAUGUGGCGACUACUGCUUCUAACGCGACAACAAUUUUGCCCGAUACAACGAACACUACAGUAGACAAUAUGCAGUUUUUGCCAGACUCCGUGAAUAUGUCGGACUAUAAGAGCGUUUGCGGGCGUCGCCUGUGGCCGCUCGCGAGGAUCGUCGGUGGUACAAAGUCUGGAUUCGGCCAGUGGCCUUGGCAGAUAUCCUUAAGACAGUACCGCACUUCCACGUACUUGCACAAGUGCGGUGCUGCAUUGUUGAAUGAAAACUGGGCCAUCACAGCCGCGCAUUGCGUCGAACAUGUACCACCCUCGGAGUUGCUAGUGCGGCUUGGUGAAUACGACCUCGCGAGUGAAAGUGAACCCUACGGCUUCGCAGAGAGGAGAGUCCAAAUCGUGGCCAGCCACCCACACUUCGAUCCAGCCACCUUCGAGUACGACCUGGCUUUACUCAGAUUCUACGAACCGGUGAAGUUCCAGCCCAAUAUUCUGCCGAUAUGCGUGCCCGACAACGAUGACGACUUUGUAGGGAAAACCGCCUACGUUACCGGCUGGGGUCGGCUUUACGACGAGGGCCCCCUCCCGAGCGUGUUGCAAGAGGUGCAAGUGCCUGUGAUCAACAACACGGCGUGCGAGGCGAUGUACCAGGCGGCCGGAUACAACGAACAUAUCCCGAACAUUUUUAUAUGCGCAGGCAGGCGGCGCGGAGGGGCCGACAGCUGUGAAGGCGACAGCGGUGGACCUAUGGUGGUGCAACGCGAGCGGGAUAACAGAUUUGUACUCGGCGGCGUCAUAUCUUGGGGCAUUGGAUGUGCAGAGCCCAACCAGCCGGGCGUCUAUACACGCAUAUCCGAAUUCAGAGAUUGGAUCAACCAGAUAUUACUAUUUUAAGCGCUGACGAGUUCUAGAGGAAAAUUGCGGAUUUUAGUGGCGUUUGACGAGUUCUAGUAGCGUUUACUAGAAUAUUCACACGUCAACGUAUCGUGAAAUAAAACUGUCGAUUUUUUUAGUGGCCUUUCUAUAUCUGUACGAUCUUUUACUCAGCUGAAAUGAUCCCCACUCAGCUUCAGCUGCAAUUUCUUGCUGCAGCGCUGUAUUUCAGUGGGUCCACUACUUGAUAGAGAAUCGAGAAACAGAAUUAUAUCUAUAAUACAUUAUUAACUGGACCUUAUAUAUGGUAUCAAUAUUAUAUAUAAAUAUAAUAAUAAAUUGUUAUUAUAUGAAAUUAAACGUCACGAUCGGUAUUAAAAUGUUAUGUGUGAAUAUGUAUUCGUAUUUUACGAAUCUUUAUUAAUAAAGAAUCAUAAAUCACGAAUUUGCGGUGAUCAGGUUUUCAUAGUGUUUUUGUAGUCGACAUUAGAAUGUAAAAAAAUAUUUAUUUGCUGUAAUUAUAUGCUUUGUUUUUAUUAUUACAUACGAUUAGGUAUUUAAAAACUUCAACUAUCAUAUACUAAUACGUUUUUUUGGAUGAUAAUGGAAUGGUAACCCCGCCCGCGCUAUCGUUAUAUACUGGCGAGGGAUAAUAGGUGAGAAUGAAGGUAGGUCAGUUGGCCUAUCGUGAUGAAUUCAUCAAAAAUUAACCACGUUGGUUUCCAGCGGGAACCGCGUGGAGGUCGACCUGGUAUAUUGCUAGUAAUGGUGUUAGUAACAAUCCCCCCCCCCCCCCCCCCCAACGAUAAAUAAAAUGUGAACUAAUUACUGCUAUAUACCUAUGUCCCUAAGAUUUAAUAUUAAAAAGCAAGCAUUCAGCCAUAUUAUGGAAUGUGGCAUUUGCUGUACUAGUUCAAUUGUAUUAUUUUUUAAACACAGUAUAAUAAAUUCACAGUUAGUAGAAAAAGUUAAUUAAAUAAGUUAUUAAAAAUUAUGAAAAUAUAGAGAUUAAUAUAGUUCUAUUUAAUGAAAUGUCACCAUAAUGUGAGGUGUCAGAGAUAGAUGAGAAAAGAUUCAAUACAGAGCUGUUAAAUCUAUUUAGAAAUGUAUGGUGCUGAUUUGGUCAAAAAGUAACUUUAUUUGUUCAUGAUUAAAGUUGAUUUUCUUAUGAAUUUUUAAUUGAUUUUUUUUUUUUAUUAAAUAUGCAGUUUCACAGACAACGAAUUGUUUAUGGUAUGGUUCUGUGUAAAAUAUUUUUUUAUGCAUCACCUAUUUACUU